AUGCUUCACUAUGGAUUUCUGGUUCCUUACAUUUCUCAAGUUGAUAGAAAAUCUAUCGUCGUCAAAAUUGGUCAAACCUUUGGGAGGGUCACCGAAUCGUACGCAAAAUUGGGUGUUUCUCACAUUUUAAAGCAAUUCAGUGUUUUCGCAAGAAUCAAAAUCCCUGAAACUGCAAACACAUGGUUGAGAAAUGGAUAUUGUAUUCUUCAUGCUGAAAUUUCAAGGCUAACCUUUGCUAAAGCAAGUAUACUGCAGGAGAAUGGACUAUUACCGUACCAGUGUAGCUCAAAUGUUUAUAGAAAAAACUCAAGCAGCGACUACGUGGUUGACAUUUACAUAUUAUGGCACCCUAUUAACGUGUUCCCACAAUUUUACCUAAUCCAAGAUAGUGGGAAAGUGUCAAUCAACUAA